AUGGCCGACUCCACUCCCUUGAUGCUCAUCCGCGGCCCAACCAUUCGUCGUGGCACCGAGGAUGCAUCGCUUGUCCGCUCGCAGCUGAUGCGCCAGAGAUACCGCGAGAAGCGACUGCGGGUCCUUCGGAAGGACACCCAUACCAAUAAUAUCCCAAUCAACAUCCAGUGUUAUGAAAAUGAAACCCAAGCUCUCCUUGCCGGAACGAACCUUCGGCAAAUUAGCCCCUGCCGCAUUGAUCCGUUUCUUUCAGAUGACCGCAGGACGGGUUAUUUUGAUUUCCUGCUUCAUAACUGUCUACACGUGGUGCUUCCUAUGGCUCGGCCUGAUGGGUUUGCGGAGCGCUGCCUCCAAGCCUACCUACAUCCAGAUAGAGACCCGAUGGUGAUACAGUCCCUCUUCUACUCGGCCACACUCAGCUUGCAUGCCCUACCAAUUCUACGUGGUACUCAGAACUUUAUAGUUGCCCCGGGUCUCGCAAGCUCAGCUGUAAUUCCUCCCACGCAUCACCUACAGCUUAAAGGGUUUGUUCUGAAUCGGAUCCGCCAAAAGCUACCAACGAUGAACGGCAACAACCCACACGAUGACAUUAUAGAUGAUAUCCUGCUGAGUAUUCUCUAUCUCGCAGCCAAUGAGAAUCUAGACCGGAUACUACCCCCCGAAAAGAGUCCCUUCUUACCACCUUUUCGGAGGCUCCAGUCGAUGGAAUUCUACGGCAGCUGUGAGUUUCAACCUCUCCACUGGCAGACCGUCCAACACAUCAUUUCACAACGAGGUGGCCUGUCUACUGUCAAACUCUACGGCCUGGCUUGGCUUAUCUGCAUAUCAGGAUUGGUCGUUGCCGUCAAUGCCAAUUGCAAGCCGGCCUUUCCGCUGAUAUACCCUGAUGGGAAGCCUUUUGUCUACAGAGCGCCCCUGCAAGCCUUGGCAGUCCGCCAACCGCCUCGACAUGUAACGCUCCGUAACUUUGGGUUUCAGCAAUUGGCCCUUCUCCAUCCUCCGGUGAAGGGAACUAUUAUCCGUGUCUUUCUUGAUUUGACCGAGAUGACGCAAGCCCUUCAAUACCUCGCAGGUCAGCCGUGUGGCAGUCGGCUCUUGACACUCAUUGGCGAUACGCGGUCGAACAUAAUGCACCGUUUAUGUAGUCUGCCCGACCAGACAGAUCGGCCGACCUCGAUAUUCCAUAAACGGACAUGCACCGCCGAAGACCAGGCUAGAGCAACCACGGUGUACAUCAUUAGCCGGAAAACUGCCCUUUUGUACAGCGCCCAUGUGGUCCUGCCGCUUCCUCAAACGUCACUGAUCCGCCGCAAGAUGACCCUAGAGAUCCAUGAGUACAUGCUACUGCUGAAGGGACAGAGACCUGAGGCUGAGCUUGAGAUCCUUCUUUGGUGCUCCAUAGUCGCAGGUAUCUGCGCUGAUGCAAUGCUAGCAAUCCAGUCUUGGUUCGUUAGAGAGGCCAGAGAACUCUGCGACGGUUUGAAAAUAACGACGUGGGACGAGCUUUCAGAGACCCUGCAGUCUUUCGCUUGGCUUGACUGUGCAUCAGACGAAGCCGGAAAGGCCCUGUGGUCUCAAAUUCAACUGUGUGAUGGCAGCACUAUAUAA